AUAAGUGGAAAGAAGAAGCAGCAGCAGCAGCAGCAGCAAACGGCAAUAAAAAUAAAUCAUUUAAAAAACGCCGCGCCAAAAGAAUUUGCCAAAUUACGCGUUCAUUUAUUUGCCAGCGCUGCUCGUGCAUUGACCGAAUUUUAACAGCAGCAGCAGCAGCAGCAACAACAAACAGCAACAGCCACAAACAACAACAAACAACAAACAGCAAACAGCAACAGCAGCGGCUGCCAAAAUGGAUGCAGAGAAGAAAGUGUAUAACGAAAAGGUGAUCGAAGCUGGCAAUAUGGGCAGAACAUUGGAAAUAACCAAGCCGGAGCAACAACAGCAGCAGCAUCAAAAUGCCACCAAGGGUGGAGAAAAGGAUCUGGAGAGCACAAUUGUUAAGCGUCGCCAUGCCACAAGCAAUCUGGAGGCGGCCACACAUCUCUUCAAGGGCAGUGUCGGCGCCGGCCUCUUCGCCAUGGGCGACUGCUUUAAAAAUGGCGGUCUCAUUGGCUCCACUUUGAUGCUGCCCAUAAUUGCGAUCAUGUGCGUCCACUGCGAACGGCUGCUCAUACGCGGCUCUCUGCUGGCCGUCGCCCAAACGCCUGGCGCCACCUUCUACGAUUAUCCAGAGACCGUGGAGAAGUGCUUCGAGUACGGACCGCGGCCGUUGCGCCGCAUGUCGCGCGCCAUGAAGCUGAUUGUCGAGAUGUUUCUCUGUGUGACGCAAUUUGGCUUCUGUGCCAUCUACUUUGUGUUCAUCACGGAGAAUCUCUACCAGGUGAUGCAACAGAAUGGCAUAGACAUCAGCAUGAGUUUGGUCAUGCUGAUCACUCUGCUGCCCGCAAUGAUUCCAUCCCUGAUGACAAAUCUGAAAUAUAUCUCACCUGUGUCGCUGCUGGCCAAUUGUGCGCUGCUCUUUGGCCUGAUUGCCACGCUGUCGAUCGCCUUCACCAGCGGCCCGAUGCCCCCGGUAAGGGAGCGCAACUAUUUCACUGGCGGCAGCCAGCUGGCGCUCUUCUUUGGCACCGCUCUCUUCUCGUACGAGGGCAUCGCCCUGAUCCUGCCGCUGCGCAAUUCGAUGCGCGAGCCGGAAAAGUUCAGCAGUCGCUUCGGUGUGCUCAAUGUGACAAUGGUGCUGAUCACAUCGCUCUUCAUCUUCACGGGCUUCGUUAGCUAUGUGCGCUGGGGCGAAGAUGUUGCGGGCAGCAUCACGCUCAAUCUGGAUGUGGAGGAUGUCAUGUCACAGGUGGUCAAAAUGGUGGCCGCUAUGGGCGUCUUCUUCGGCUAUCCCAUACAAUUCUUCGUCAUGAUGAAGAUCCUGUGGCCCCCUGUCAAGCGGAACAAUAGCUGCGCUCAAAAGUAUCCAAUCACCAUGCAGGUGGCGCUACGUUUCAUCAUGAUCAUGAUGACCUUCUGCGUCGCCCUAGUUGUACCCCAAUUGAAUCUAUUUAUCUCUCUAAUCGGUGCAUUAUGCUCAACAUCGCUGGCAUUUGUCAUACCCAUCAUCAUUGACUUUGUCACCCGUGCCCAGGUGCCAAAGGGACUAGGCACCUGGAUCUACUUCAAGAAUAUCGUCAUCCUGACUAUUGCCAUAUUAGGCAUUGUCACUGGCACCUAUCAGAGCGUCGUUGAGAUUAUUAGAGAGUUUCAAUAGGUCAAGAUGGCCAAUUGCUUGCCAAGUAUUUUGUAAAUAUGCUGUAAUCGUGUGUUAAUAUCUUAUAAUGUUUAAAUGUCCUCGUUAUUUUUAAGUUCAAUAUCUGUAAUAUUUUUUUCACACUUCAUGUUUUUUUUUGUUAUUAUUUUUAAGUUAUGCCCGCCGUGCUUUUUACGUGUGUGCCAGUUUAUUAUUAAUUGUCAACUGUUAAUAAGCUUUCAGCGAAACGAAACAACUAGAUAAAAAAAACCAAAACAAAUUAUAUUUUAAUAAAUGAUUAUACAUUGUCA